GUUCACGUUUUCCUGAGGAAUAAUUUUGUUACUACCUAAAGAUGGGGACACGUUUGAAGGUUCUUCAGACCUUUAAAGCUCUACACAGAACACGGAUGAACGUAUUUAAAGAUGAUGACAUAGCUCUGACAGCUGCCAGGUUAAAGAUAAAUGAAGAAUUUAAGAAAAACAAGAAUGAAAUAUCAGAAGAAAAUAUACAACAGAUGAUUAAGAUGGGCAAAGCUGUUGAGACGGUUCUGCGUGAAAAUGUCCUACAAGCCGAGCAUGUUGGAGAAAAUAAACUUGUGCUUCGGCCCCGAGAGAGUCUUCUUUUAGAAAAUGUACCAUACUGUGACUCCCCUAGAAAACAAACAUGAUUCACUGGAUUCUCAAAAACUCCACUCCUCCUCUGCUAUAGUUCUUUACAUAUCAUUUGAACUUGGAUCUACAGAUGUCCUGUUUUUUCUGUUCAGUGACUCAGUGGAAACAUAGCACGAACUCUUAUGUAUGUAUUAAUGUGUAUAAGUGUAAAGAUGAUAUCAGUCAGACUUGUCAUGAUGAUUUACAAAAUAUAUAAACCAAAACUGCCUGCUUUAAAGCUGCUCUCAGCCUGUUAUGAGUCCUGUUCUGUUUUACUUUGGUUAGGUGAUUGGUUUUGCUGUAGUCAUAAGAGUAUGAGUCUGCCUUUCUCACCUUUGUUGGGUAACACCUUUUGACCAAAGAAUGUUUUUGGUGGGUGUUUUAAAAUUAAAUUUGUAACUGAACUUGUAAAGAGUAUUUUAAAAUUAUAUGAAUGAAUAGCAUUUACAAAAACAGCUAGAGCAAAAAUGGAGUGGGUCUUUCAAUAGGUAUGGUUCCCCUUUCUAGGGACCCAAUUAACUAGACCUGAACAAGAAUGAGGAGUUUAUAAGCAAGUCAAGAAGAGAACAUAAUUAUUUGUAUAUUACAUGAAAUAUUAUUUACUUAUUUAUUUAUUUUUGCUACUGCUGUAAUUCACCUCAUUGUUUGGUACAACAUAAACUAUAUGUAUUUAUAUACACACAAAAUACAGAACAUAUCCAGAUAUUGCUUGGCUCUGAUGUCAGAAUUUAAAAAAGGUAAUUUAUGAAAUAUGCUAUUGGAAAUAUGGGGCAAUUGUACAUAAUACAAGGCACAUUAAAAUUAGCUACAUUCUUGGAAUAACAUUUGUCAAAGUACAUAGACAGCUGUAGCAUAUUUAAUAAUGUACCUAAAAAAGUGGCUGCUAAGAUUAUAUUUGUAAAUUGUUUUCUAUUUAAUGAAAAUGUUUAGUGUCUUCUGUGCCUCUUGUAUUGAUGCUUUUUAUGUAAAGAGUGUCGUCCCUUUAUAAGAUAAUUCCGGGAAGUUUUGUUUGUUUCACUUUGAAAUGAGAAGAAAUGUAAGUACUGUUGGCCCUCUUUUUGGAAUGCUUUGUAUGUUGAGGUCCAUGUAUGCAGUGUAAUGUCAUUUAUCACGCAAAACUAACUUACUGAUUACCAGUACUCUGGAUAAGCAAGUGAAUCACAUGUCUUGCAUGUCUGAACAAUACAACAUCAAAGUUAAAAACAA